UCACAGUGUCAGCGAAGCAACCGGUUCGACCAGGAGGGAGCUCUGCAGCGUGCAGCGUAGUAGUCAAAACUGCAGUAAUAAUAUAGAUAAAUUAGUGUUUUUACUGAUGCCUGGAGGUUUUUAAAGCACUUCAGUGUAUUCCAGCGUGCCUCGGGUGUGUCUUCUUCUCUACCGGCUGACCAAUGCUUCUGCAUCAGUUCAUGAACGGAGCCCUGGAAGUCAUGCAUCCAUCACCGCUGCAGAAAGACACCACUUUUACCAAGAUCUUUGUCGGCGGGCUGCCGUACCACACGAACGAUGCCUCGCUGAGAAAAUACUUCGAGGCCUUUGGGGACAUUGACGAGGCUGUGGUGAUAACAGACAGACAGACUAGUAAAUCCAGAGGAUAUGGCUUUGUGACGAUGACGGACCGAGGAGCAGCGGAGAGAGCCUGCAAGGAUCCCAACCCCAUAAUCGACGGCAGGAAGGCCAACGUGAACCUGGCCUACCUGGGUGCCAAACCCCGCAGCAUACAGUCAGGCAUAUCCAUCGGAGUGCAGCCCAUUCACCCAGCUCUCAUCCAGAGGCAGUAUGGGUUGACCCAGCCAUACGUCUACCCACAAGCCUAUGUGCAGCCCAGCCUGGUGAUGCCCACUCAGGUUUCCUCCUCCAUCAGCAGCAGCCCCUACAUGGACUACAGCGCAGCCUACGCCCAGUACGCCCAGGCGGCCUUUGAGCAGCAGUACCCGUACGCCGCCUCCCCAGCCAGCUUCCUGGGGUACAGCUACGCCACCAGCCCCACAGCCAGUCAGACCGCCGCCGCCACCGCUCCGGCCACCGUCCACCCGUCCCUCCCCUCCGCCGCCGGCCAGGCCCAGGCCUUCCUGCACUACGCCCCGCAGCAGCACAUCCAGCCGGACCGCAUGCAGUGAGUCUGCGAAGGAAGCGGAGAAGAAGGAGCGUUACAGGCGGAGGAGGAGGAGGAGGAGGGAGUAGAGGACGCAGACCUUCGGACACAGGAUGGCAAAACGCCCUUCAGGUGACCAAGCUAUCGUAAGGAAGGGCUUUCAGGAAAAAGGGUGGGACUAUUGCACUAUACGAUCAGGAUGAGCUGUUUGCUUAUUGGUUAAAGGGUAAAAGGGUUGGGAGGACUGUCGAGGUUCAGGUUGGGAAGCUAAACAGCAUAAAGUAUGUGGUCGCUUCCAAGGCUUCCAAGGGCUUCCAGAAGCUGACACUUCAUUUUUUUUUUAUUAUUAUUUUUAUCGUCCUUUAUUAUUGUAUUAAUGUUAUUGUCAAUAUUUGUUUGUAUGCCAUUAUUAUAAAUGUUAUGUUCCUGGCUCAAUCAGUGGAAGUUGCGUGUGUCCAUGGUACAUAUUGAUGAUUGGAGAGCUGUCUGGGACAUGUCACACCUCUUUCCUCCCGACUCCGGAGUAUCUGGGGCGGAUAUGAAAGGCACUGCUGCUUUAGGACACUCGGGGACAGUCAGAUAUGGGGUGGUGAUUCUGGGGAGGCAUACAGCCAGCCUCUCAGCCUCUCAGCCUAUCUGUGGUCUCAUCCCAGGUAGAGACCUGACUGCCCCAUGAACAAACCUCCAGCGUUCAGCUCCACAACACAGGAGGACGAUGCGAUAUUUCACCUCAAGGACAAAACGGAAAGAAAGUUUCAGUAUAUAAGACAGUGGGAGCUUUGCGACUGUGAUGUCAGGACUUCACAUUUUUUUAAUUCUUAAUUAAAGAGGCCUUAAUAAAAAGAGAAACUCCUUUUUGAAUCUCCUGUUUUUCAAGCGCUCCCCUCCUCCCCCACCACAGAACCAAGUGCACAGAGCCCUUUUGUAACUGGCCUUUCAGCAGUCAGUCACAUUAAUCUGGCUUACUUGGUCUUGAUAAUUUCAAAUGGAUGUAGAUAAUCACAUGCAGUAUGUGGGCGACGGGGACCAGGAGCGCUGUGUAUCGUUGUUGAAAGGUAGCUGACACUGAGCUCAAACACCAGUGUAUUUUUCUUUUUCUCCUUUUAUCACUGAGAUUGUCACAAAUUGUUGCUCUCAAAAGGACAUUCAUGUACAGCAAUUUCAAAUGUUUUCAGUCAUCAAGUACAUUUACAAUAUUUAUAUGUAGGUAUUUAUAUGAGGUACUAAGUUAAAAAUAGAUUGUUUUUGUUACUAUGACUAUAGUUGUGGCACUGAUGUCAUUUAACAUGCAGAGGCAUACCUGCAGAUCCACAAGUGUCGUAUUCAUAUUGUUUUAUUGUCCUGUCACCAUGUCAGUGGAUUUGCCCGGGUUCACGGCAACUACAGUAGAUGCUCCUUUGUAGAUCCUUCACCGGUUGCAUCAGAAAUUCUCUAGAUUUUUUCAACAAAGAUGUCUUUUACAGUCCCUUCAAAGAAGCCAUACCAAAAAAAAAUAGAAAUAAAGACUUUGUACUUAAA